AUGGGCCAUUAUACAGAAAACGAUUUUUACCUUAGCAAGUCAGCAACUCCCAAUGGGAUUGCAGAAAAUAAUGAAAAUGAGAAGAAAUGCUUAUGGGUUCCGGAUGAGGAGGUGACGAAUUGCUACAGCUGUAAUGUUUUUUUUAAUGUAAGGGUGAGAAAACACCAUUGUAGAGCUUGUGGAAAUGUGUUUUGUUCUAAUUGUUCAGACAAUAAAAUAAAAAUUAGCGAAUAUAGUUAUGCAGAAAAGGUUCGAGUCUGCGAUAGGUGUUUUAUGGAAAGAUCUUCUCCUCAAACUUUUCUGUUACAAGAAGAUUUAGGAGCAAGGAAACAAAUAAAUCAAGAUUUGAAGAAAGCAUUAAGUGAAAAAAUGGCUAUAGUAGAAAGAUUCAAAACAUUUUUAAUAGAAUUUGACAGUGAAAUAUUAAAUAAUAGUGGCAGUGCAGAGAAUACAAAUGAUGUCAUGUCUUUAUUAAAGAGAGGAGAAAAAGGAUUGAAAGAUCUAAAUGAUAAAAUAAAAAAUUAUGAUUGUAUUAUUGAAAAUCAAAAAAAAGAACUAGAACUAUUAAAAAGGGAAAAGGAACAAAAAACAGAACUUAACAAAAUAUUACAUUUAAGAAAUUAUGAAAUCCAACAAAAAAACAUGAACAUUAAAAAUCUUGUCAAAGAAAAAAAUGAAUUGACAUUAGUAAAAGAAGAAUCCGAAGGUAUUAUCCAUUCGUAUAAAAAACAAGUUCAAAAACUAAUCAUAAGAUGUAACCAAUUGGAAUUAGAGAAGAAAAGAAAUAAUUUGGCAGAUCAAACUAGCAAUUAUUCUUUUACAAACACCAGUUCACAGUCAUAUAUGAUGAAUUCAUAUAGAUUUCCCUCAAACGAGAUGAGCGUCUCAUAUACAGUUGCUCAGGGCCCUUCGGAUGACCUUGAGGACGAAACUUGUUGUAGAUACUGCCAAAGGAGGAUGUGUUCCAUUAUGUGA